AGAAAUUUUCUUUGCAUCCAAACAGAUAUUUGAGUUUUACGAUUCAAAUAUAGGAUAACGGAAGGAAAAUAAAGAAAAGGACGAAUCUCUGAGUGAUUACGUGUCAAACAGGCAGGACAGGAGGACCAUAGAAAAGCAAAGGAUUGCGCCACACUAAUGAAUUGCCUUUUUUUGCAACAUCUUCUUUUUUCUUUUCUAUUCUUUUUUCUGUAAGCUGAAAGCAGCCAUCGAUCGCCUUCUCUCCCUCUAUAAAUUUUCAAUCUCUCAUAAACCCUAGGAUUUCAUUGCUCACGAACAAGGUAGGGGCAAACAUGGCACUCGUUCCCCAGACGGGUCCAUCAUACUGCAUGAGGUCUGAGGUGGUACACUGUAAAACUGGACAGAGUGCAGUUGUAAACAUGACAAACAAUAUGGAGGCGUCUAAAAUAAAGGAAACUCGUACCUGGUUGUCGUCACUAUCAAGGAGCCGCACAAAGACAAAGCAUAUUUUGAGUCCUGAUAGUGUAGGUGUUGGAUGUAAACAACGACAUCAGGUGAUUGUUGCUGCGAGCCCUCCUACUGAGGAUGCUGUAGUUGCAACCGAACCACUGACAAGGGAGGAUCUUAUAGGAUACCUUGCCUCUGGAUGCAAGCCUAAGGAGAAAUGGAGAAUAGGUACAGAACAUGAGAAGUUUGGUUUCGAGUUUAGAACUCUACGGCCUAUGAGAUAUGAACAAAUAUCUGAGUUGCUCUAUGGUGUUUCUGAAAGAUUCGGGUGGGAUAAAAUAAUGGAAGGUGACAACAUUAUUGGACUUAAACAGGGGAAGCAAAGCAUAUCACUGGAACCCGGUGGUCAGUUUGAGCUUAGCGGUGCCCCUCUUGAAACUUUGCAUCAAACCUGUGCUGAGGUUAAUUCACACCUUUAUCAGGUUAAAGCAGUUGCAGAGGAAAUGGGGAUUGGAUUCUUAGGUAUUGGUUUCCAGCCCAAAUGGGCUAUUAAAGAUAUACCUAUAAUGCCCAAGGGAAGAUACGAGAUUAUGAGGAAUUACAUGCCCAAAGUUGGCUCACUUGGACUUGAUAUGAUGUUUAGAACAUGUACUGUUCAGGUUAAUUUGGACUUCAGUUCUGAAACUGAUAUGAUCAGGAAGUUUCGUGUUGGACUUGCUUUGCAGCCGAUAGCAACAGCUCUAUUUGCAAAUUCUCCUUUUGUUGAGGGAAAGCCAAGUGGUUAUCUCAGCAUGAGAAGCCAAAUUUGGACUGAUACCGAUAAUAACCGUACUGGCAUGCUUCCUUUUGUUUUUGAUGGCUCCUUUGGAUUUGAGCAGUAUGUAGAUUAUGCUCUUGAUGUUCCAAUGUACUUUGUCUAUCGGAAGAAGAAGUAUAUUGACUGUACUGGAAUGUCCUUCCGGGACUUCAUAGCAGGAAAACUUCCUUCACUUCCUGGUGAAUUGCCAAACUUCAAUGAUUGGGAGAAUCAUCUGACAACAAUAUUCCCUGAGGUCAGGCUGAAGAGAUACUUGGAAAUGAGGGGUGCUGAUGGAGGGCCCUGGAGGAGGUUAUGUGCUUUGCCAGCAUUUUGGGUAGGCAUUUUAUAUGAUGAAGUUUCACUACAAAAUGCUCUGGACAUAAUAGCUGAUUGGACACUGGAAGAAAGACAGAUGUUGAGGAAUAAGGUUCCAAAGACUGGUUUAAAGACACCAUUUCGAGAUGGAUUGCUGAAGCAUGUCGCUGAGGAUGUUCUAAAGUUAGCAAAGGAUGGCUUGGAAAGAAGAGGCUUUAAGGAAACUGGUUUCUUGAAUGCAGUGGCUGAGGUGGUUAGAACAGGUGUAACACCAGCUGAGAAGCUUUUGGAGAUGUAUCACGGGCCGUGGGGACAAUGUGUAGAUCCUGUUUUUGAGGAGCUACUAUAUUGAAAUAUCAAAGGCGAUUGAAACUUUCCUGUGUGUUUCAGCAGUGCCUUUUUUCAUGCAAAAUUCUCUCCAACUUGUUCUUUCUCCUUGUUGAAAAACAGAACAAGAAAAAGAGAAAAAGUUAUGGUUAAUUAUUUUACAGUCUGAUGAAAAAAACUGUUUCAGUUUACAGGAAUAAUUUGUGAUGUGUACGCCCUUACCUUGAGGCUUCCAUGCAACCCCCAUUCAAUAUAAUCUGAUCAAACCUCAUUCAACUUA